UGCAUCUCAACGGCGACUAGGACGAGACAGCGCGACUAAACCGCGCUAGCAGAUGACACACGCUAAUAGCAGAUGUCGAUCGUGGCGGCAUACCGCGCGGCGGGCUCCUCGGCGGACUGGCUCUCGCUGCAUCUGGCCGCCCAUGCAUACCUCGCAGCCAGGCAGGGGGCAUGCAGGAUAUGCAGGGCAUGCAUGGCCUCGCGAGAGACAGCAAGAGAGACACCCGCCAAGGGACGAGGUGGCUAAAACUGUAAUCCCACCCAGGCACCACAAUCCAAUUUCUCGGUCGCUAGAACCCAAUAGCCCCAUCCAUUACAUUGCUCGUCGCCAUGCACCACCCCCGUCAGCCACAGCUGGGCAGAUCUCCCAGCUUCCGACUUCCCCGGUAGCGAGACGGACGCAAGGUUGAUCGCAGCGGUAUGCAGACCCAUCACUCAACCUCUAGUCGAGGGCCUCGCUGUCUUGAAUGCACUGUUCCUUGUUACCAAGUGGGAAUCCCGCCAUCCGGCAUCCCUCGCCCACUCUGCUCC